AUGGCCAGGCCAGAACCAUUUUUAUCAGAUGGCAAUCAGGAAUUAUUUCCCUGUGAAGUCUGUGGAAGACGCUUUGCAGCAGAUGUUCUGGAAAGGCAUGGACCAAUAUGUAAAAAACUCUUCAACAAAAAGCGUAAACCUUUCAAUUCCUUGAAACAAAGAUUACAGGGCACUGACAUUUUCACUGUGAGGACAACUCCUCAAUCCAAGCCUCAGCCCGUGAGGAAAGCUAACUGGAGGCAACAACACGAGGACUUCAUGAACGCGAUCCGGUCAGCAAAGCAGUGUUCCCUGGCCAUCAAGGAGGGCCGGCCUCUCCCACCUCCUCCGCCUCCGUCCGUCAACCCAGAUUAUAUUCAGUGCCCAUAUUGUAUGAGGAGGUUUAAUGAAAAUGCAGCCAGUCGCCAUAUUAAUUUCUGCAAGGAUCAGUCUUCUCGCCGAGUCUUUGAUCCAGCCCAAACAGCAGCCAAACUGGCAUCCAGAGCACAGGGUAGGGCUCAGACGAGUUCCAAAAAAGAACCGACGGUUACCAGUGCUGUGGGCACUCUGCUACAGAACAGGGCCCUGGAGGCCACAAGAUUGGCCCCAACCAGGCCAGGAUUAGCAGUGGACCCUGCUUCUGCGGCAAAACUCAAACAAGGAUUUACUAAAUCUUCUAAAAAAGAUUAACUCCUAGAGGCCAGACUGGCUCCCUAAAACCCGCCCCCAUAGCUGCACCCCCGGAAUGCCACCCGAAGGAAGGCGCAGUGGAUGUCUGUUUCAAUGCCUGUGAUUUCUCUCGAAACAUCGUGUAGAAGUAAAAAACUUUAGCUUUUCAAAUUUUCUUAUUUGCUCCCUUCAAAAUAGUCGAAGUGAAUGCAUUAAACACCACAUUAACCUGUACAGUGAUUGAUUUAAAGAUUCCCUUGAAGCCUUUUUUAAACUGGACAUUUAAUGGGCUUUUUAAAGGAUGUUGCUUUGAUAGUGGAAACGUUCAGCGAAACGGUUUUUGGAGGACUAGCAUCAUUUACUGACUAGGAAGAUGUUUUUUUUACCUAGCUUCUUCGUUCUACAGCUGUGAAUUCCCAGCUUUGCUAUUUGCUUCUAACAAGCAUUAAACUGUGAUUAGUAACAACUCGUAUUUUAAAUGUCCAUCUAUAUACCAUGGAGAAUUAUCUCACAUACACAAGUGCACAGAGUUGUUUGCGGGGGGGAGGGGGGCACUGCAGUGGAGAGAACCAGGUACAAUGAUCUCCACACUGGGAGGGAAAGAUGCUCUAAGCAGCCAGAAGCCAUUUAUCUCGGCCAAAUCAG